AUUUAAAUCCCAGCCUGUGUCUGCUGCAGAGAGAGUGGACCAGCAGAGCUCAGAGGUUCCCAGUGGUCAGUCUGCCCAGCAGCAUCAAACACAGCUGGACUCCAUAUUUAUGCUGCUGGAGAACAACAUCAUCACUUUUGUGAAGAACGAGCUGAAGAAGAUCGAGAAGGUUCUGAGUCCAGGUUACCCAGAAAGCUUAGAGAGUCAGAGGAGCAGCAGCAGAGAGGCGUUUGUGAAGAUCACAGUGGACUUCCUGAGGAGAAUGAAGCAGGAGGAGCUGGCUGACCGUCUGCAGGGCAAACGUCUUGCUGCAGUUUGUCGUCGUAACCUUAAACCUGCACUAAAGAAUAAGUUCCAGUGUGUGUUCGAGGGGAUUGCUAAAGCAGGAAGCCCAACCCUUCUGAAUCAGAUCUACACAGAGCUCUACAUCACAGAGGGAGGGACUGCAGAGGUCAAUGAUGAACAUGAGGUCAGACAGAUCGAAACAGCAUCCAGGAAACCAGACAGACCAGAAACAACAAUCAGACAAGAAGACAUCUUUAAAGCCUCACCUGGAAGAGACGAACCAAUCAGAACAGUGCUGACAAAGGGAGUGGCUGGCAUUGGGAAAACAGUCUUAACACAGAAAUACAGCCUGGACUGGGCUGAAGACAAAGCCAACCAGGACAUCCAGUUCAUAUUUCCAUUCACUUUCAGAGAGCUGAAUGUGCUGAAAGAGGAAAAGUUCAGCUUGGUGGAACUUGUUCAUCACUUCUUUACUGAAACCAAAGAAGCAGGAAUCUGCAGCUUUGAAGACUUCCAGGUUGUGUUCAUCUUUGAUGGUCUGGAUGAGUGUCGUCUUCCUCUGGAUUUCCACAAAACUACAAUCCUAACUGACCCUAGAAAGUCCACCUCAGUGGAUGUGCUGCUGAUGAACCUCAUCAGGGGGAACCUGCUUCCCUCUGCUCGCCUCUGGAUAACCACACGACCUGCAGCAGCCAAUCAGAUCCCUCCUGACUGUGUUAGCAUGGUGACAGAGGUCAAAGGGUUCACUGAUCCACAGAAGGAGGAGUACUUCAGGAAGAGAUUCAGAGAUGAGGAGCAGGCCAGCAGGAUCAUCUCCCACAUCAAGACAUCACGAAGCCUCCACAUCAUGUGCCACAUCCCAGUCUUCUGCUGGAUCACUGCUACAGUUCUGGAGGAUGUGCUGGAAACCAGAGAGGGAGGACAGCUGCCCAAGACCCUGACUGAGAUGUACAUCCACUUCCUGGUGGUUCAGGCCAAAGUGAAGAAGGUCAAGUAUGAUGGAGGAGCUGAGACAGAUCCACACUGGAGUCCAGAGAGCAGGAAGAUGAUUGAGUCUCUGGGAAAACUGGCUUUUGACCAGCUGCAGAAAGGAAACCUGAUCUUCUAUGAAUCAGACCUGACAGAGUGUGGCAUCGAUAUCAGAGCAGCCUCAGUGUACUCAGGAGUGUUCACACAGAUCUUUAAAGAGGAGAGAGGACUGUACCAGGACAAGGUGUUCUGCUUUGUUCAUCUGAGUGUUCAGGAGUUUCUGGCUGCUCUUCAUGUCCAUCUGACCUUCAUCAACUCUGGACUCAAUGUGAUGGAAGAACAAACAACCUCCCUGAAGACUAAAUUAUUUGAAAAGAAAGAAAAUUUUAAAUCUCUCCACCAGAGUGCAGUGGAUAAGGCCUUACAGAGUCCAAAUGGACACCUGGACUUGUUCCUCCGCUUCCUCCUGGGUCUUUCACUGCAGAUCAAUCAGACUCUCCUACGAGGCCUGCUGACACAGACAGGAAGUAGCUCACAGACCAAUAGGAAAACAGUCCGGUACAUCAAGAAAAAGCUCAGUGAGAAUCUGUCUGCAGAGAAAAGCAUCAAUCUGUUCCACUGUCUGAAUGAACUGAAUGAUCGUUCUCUACUGGAGGAGAUCCAACAGGCCCUGAGAUCAGGACGUCUCUCCACAGAUAAACUGUCUCCUGCUCAGUGGUCAGCUCUGGUCUUCAUCUUACUGUCAUCAGAAAAAGAUCUGGAUGUGUUUGACCUGCAGAAAUACUCUGCUUCAGAGGAGGCUCUUUUGAGGCUGCUGCCAGUGGUCAAAGCCUCCAAUAAAGCUCUACUGAGUGAUUGUUUUCUGUCAGAGAGAAGCUGUGAAGCUCUGUCCUCAGUUCUCCGCUCCAAGUCCUCUACUCUGAGAAAGCUGGACCUGAGUAACAACAGCCUCCAGGAUACAGUAGUUAAGCGUCUGUCUCCUGCUCUGCAAAGUCCAUAUUGUGCACUGGAAACUUUGAGACUAAGUCGUUGUUUCCUCUCAGAGAGAAGCUGUGAAGCUCUGUCCUCAGUUCUCAGCUCCAAGUCCUCUACUCUGAGAGAGCUGGACCUAAAUAACAACAACCUCCAGGAUACAGGAGUGAAGCAUCUUUCUGCUGCACUGCAAAGUCCAUAUUGUAUACUCAAAACUCUGAGACUGGGUGUCUGUAACCUGUCAGAGAGAAGCUGUGAAUUUCUGUCCUCAGUUCUCAUAUCCCAAUCCUCUAGCCUGACAGAACUGGACCUGAGUGACAAUGACCUGAAAGAUUCAGGAAUGAAGCUUCUUUCAACUGCAUUGGAGAGUCCGCAUUGUGCACUAGAAAGUCUGAGUCUGUCACGCUGUCUGAUCGCAGAGGAAGGCUGUACCUCUCUGGCUUCAGCUCUGAGCUCCAACCCCUCCCAUCUUAGGGAGCUGGACCUGAGCUACAAUCAUCCAGGAGACUUAGGAAUGAAGCUGCUGUCAGCUGGACUGAAGGAUCCAUGCUGGAGACUGGACACUCUCAGGGUGGAGCCUGCUGGAGUCCGAUGGUUGAGACCAGGUCUGAGGAAGUAUUCCUGUCAACUCACAAUCGACACAAACACAGUGCACACAAACCUCCAACUGUCUAACAACAACAGGAAAGUGACACGUGUGGAGGAGGUUCAGUCAUAUCCUGAACAUCCAGACAGAUUUGAUUACUGGGAACAAUUGCUGUGUAGAAAUGGUCUGACUGGUCGCUGUUACUGGGAGGUCGAGUGGAGAGGACACAUUGAUAUAUCAGUGAGUUACAGAAGAAUCAGAAGGAAAGGAGACAGUGAUUACUGUGUGUUUGGAAAGAAUGAUUGGUCCUGGAGUUUGAGCUCCUCUGAUAGAUUUGGUUAUUCAUUCUGGCAAAAUAACAGAAAAACAUCCAUCUCCUCGUCCUCCCCCUCCUCCUCUGCCUCUAACAGAGUAGCAGUGUAUGUGGACUGUCCUGCUGGCACUCUGUCCUUCUACAGAGUCUCCUCUGACACUCUGAUCCACCUUCACACCUUCAACACCACAUUCACUGAAACUCUUUAUCCUGGGUUUAGUUUCUGGCCUGGUUCCUCAGUGUGUCUGUGCUGA